AUGAAGGAUCUUGGAGAGACAAAUACAUUUCUUGGUUUCACCCUAGCUGCUUAUUCAGCAGGGACGUUGGUGUUCGCACCAUUCAUCGGAUUUCUGGCAGUUAAAUGCGAAGCAUCAAAGGCCAUCGUUGUCAUGUGUGGUUUAGUGAAAUUAUUUGGUAAUGUUCUGUAUUCGAUACCCGUCAAUGGAUAUUUCCCUUUGUUUGGGAGAUUUAUAAGUGGUAUAGGUGAAGGAACAACGGGAGUGCUCUAUGGAGCCGUGACAAAGUGCACUACUAACGAAAAUCGUGCAACAGCAUUUCUAUAUUUCGAAGGUCUCUACUGUAUUGGCGAAGUAUGUGGUCCAGCAAUUGGAAGUCUUCUUAUAUUCAACUUCAAUAUAUUGG